AUGCAGCCUAACAGGAAUUUGUUGGUGCGUAAACUGGAUCCACCACAGACGUGGAAUCCGAUUGUGGAGAACCACUUACGCGCUACGGGAUUCUACCACGUCUCCAGAAUUGGAGUCAUAAGAGGAUUUCACCCCAUGUUAGCUGCUCUGGUUGAAAGGUGGAGGCCUGAAACCCAUAGCUUUGUAUUGCCAAUCGGUGAGGUUACAGUGACAUUAGAGGACGUUGCUCAUAUAUUCGGGCUACCCAUUGAUGGAGAGCCUGUCAGUGGAUGGACAGAUAGUAGCAGCGAGUUUGUUCAAAAUCAGGGCAUAGCAAUAUUCGGUCGUGAGCCAUCAGUCAGUCAUAAUGCGAAGUCCUAUAUAAAGUUGGCUUGGGUUCGACGUAUUAGAGAUGCAGAGCCGUUGAAUACUGAGGAGUCCAUCAGGAGAUACGUCAGAUGUCAUAUAUUCUGUUUGUUAGGGUCGACGCUAUUCACGGACAAGUCGACCGCAUAUGCACAUGCGAAGUAUUUACCAUUGGUUCGCGAUUUCGAGCAGAUCCAUGCUUACAGUUGGGGGUCAGCUUGUCUCGCUCAUCUUUACAGAGCACUAUGCCGUGCAUCACGAUAUGAUACUAAGGAGAUGGAUGGCCCUCUGAAUCUAUUGUUUGUUUGGGCAUGGGAGCGAAUGCCGUGUCUUGCUUCCGUACCGAGACAAACCCUUCCACCCGCCGAGAUACCAGUUGCCAGGAGGUGGAGUCAUUCGGAACGGACUACAGCGUGGUUAUCCAAGACCGUAGAGACAUUCAGGCAUGACAUAGACUACAUGGAAGAGGUAAAUAGUUAUAUUUUAGCUGUUCCGUUUUUCAAUCCAUUAUUGUUAGGGUUCUAA